AAUUCGCUAAAAAAGAAGAUAGUAAUGACUUAUCAGACCUAGAAGAAGUUUUACAAGAUGAUAAUACCAGCGAUAAAGAAAACGAAGAUCCUGCGAUGGUUACAUUACAAAAUCUAAAGAAGCAUCAGGGCAAGGGUCAACUAUUAGGUAUCAAACGGUUUAAAUCUUCUCAUGAAGAUUCUAAACCCAUAGCAAAAAACCAAUGUCGAUACAAAAAUUGUGGAAAC